UGUUAAGGAUUUAUGCGGAAAGGGAGAAAACUCUAAAAUAGGUCGCCAACACAUCAUAUUAGUUUUCUCGUAAUGGCUCUGCAGAGAUCAGUUUGCAGACUGGUACAUUCAUAUGGAUUAAGAGAGAUACAUCUGUUGUGCCCAGUCAGUGCCACACAUUUUUGCCCUUCCAGACUGAUGUCAAAAUCAUCAAUAAAAAUGUCAGACAAGAAGCUAUUUACACCAGGCCCACUAGGAACUUCGUCAACUGUGAAAUCUGCCAUGCUGAGAGACCUUGGCUCUAGAGAUGUGGAAUUUAUUCAGCUGAUUAAGACAAUAAGAAGUAAACUGGUACAAAUUGCAGGUGUGUCUACCUCCACUUUUACUGCAGUACCAAUGCAAGGAAGUGGAACAUUUGCUAUAGAAUCUGUCUUCCAAACUGCCACACCAAAAUCAGGUGCAAAGGUGCUAGUUUUUGAAAAUGGAGCAUAUGGGAAGCGCCUGGGUAAAGUAUGUGAAGUUAUGGGUGUGGAUGUAGAUGUUGUCAGUUUUCCAGAGAAUGACUAUGUUGACAUUAAUAAAGUGGAGAGUAUUGUACAGGGAGACAACUCUUACACACUGGUUGCCAUGGUGCAUUGUGAAACCAGUUCAGGGGUGAUAAAUCCUGUAGAAGAUGUUGGAAAGAUAGUUAAACAAUAUCUUCCAGAAAGUGAUUUCUUUGUGGAUGCAAUGAGUAGUUUUGGUGCUAUACCUCUAGAUCUACAGAGUGCUAAAGUAGAUUAUCUAGUCAGUUCUGUAAACAAAUGCCUUGAGGGAGUUCCUGGAUUUUCCUAUGCCAUAGCCAGACUUAGUAAACUACGUACUUGUAAAGGUAAUUCUAGAAGUAUAAGCCUAGAUUUAUAUGACCAGUAUGACAAUUUAGAAAAGACGAAUCAAUUCCGGUUUACCCCACCCACUCAUACAAUGCUGGCAUUUUCCCAGGCAAUCCGUGAGUUUGAAACUGAAGGAGGAGUUGAAGGCCGGUCAGCUAGAUAUAAAGAAAACUGUUCUAUUCUGAAAGCAGGUAUGAAGGAGAUGGGCUUCAGGGAGUUUCUGAAUCCUUAUCAUCAAGGAUAUAUCAUAACAUCAUACCGCUUUCCGGAAGAUAAAAACUUCAACUUUAAUGAUUUCUACAUGAAACUGAAUGAAAGAGAUCAGGUGAUAUACCCAGGUAAGGUGCUCAAUGCUGAUUGUUUCAGGAUAGGAAGUAUAGGAUACCUGUUUCCUGAUGAUAUGAGACAUUUGUUGAAGUGUAUUCGGGAGGUCUGCAAUGAAAUGAAUAUGGCCCUGCCUAUCAAAGGCUAAGGAAUGGGGAAAAUGCGAAAUGGUUAAAGUCAGUAAUGAGACUUUAAAGGAAUAUUUGAAGUGACAACUUUAGCAGCUUAGCUAGAUUUUAUAUUGCUGUGUAUUUCUAAAGAUGUAAGGUUGUAGCAUAAGCUUUAGAUAACUGUUCUAAUCAAAAAAGCUAAACAGUCUAUUUUUAUUUUGACAUAGUUUGAUCUCAUUUUUUGAUGUAAUUACACCAGUGAUAUUGAUUGUUAUGGGGUUUUUUUUAUAACUGUGUUGUUAGUGUAAUUGUGCAUUUGUCUCUCAAAACAGUCCAUAUUUCAUAAAAAAUGGUGACAGUUUUUUUUUAAUGAAAUUAUACAGAAUAAUCUGAAAAUAUGUAUGUGAAAAUUAUUAAAUUAAGAUUGAUUCAAAUACUUACAUUCAUAUCAACAAGAAGACGAAGUGUUUAAAAAAUACUGUUUAUGACUGAAUCAUUAUUAUCCAAAAGUUGCUGUAAGAAUUCCUGUUGCAUGAUUGCUAAGUAAUAUGAGCCACACCAUGAGAAACCAACAUAGUGCGUUUGCGACCAACAUGCAUCUGCGCAAUCUGGUCUGGAUCCACACUGUUCACUUUCUAUUGCAAUUAGAAAAACUGUUAGCGAACAGCAUGGAUCCUGACCAGACUGCACGGAUGUGUAGGCUGGUCUGGAUCCAUGCUGGUCACAAACGCACUAUGUUGGUUUUCUCAUGGCGCGGCACAUAUAAUUAUCCAUUGAGAUUUAAGUGGUCAGAUUUUUCAUUUAACAUUUUUAUGCCCCCGAAGGGAGGCAUAUAGUUUUUGAACCGUCUGUCGGUCUGUCAGUCUGUCAGUCUGUCCGCAAUUUUCGUGUCCGGUCCAUAUCUUUGUCAUCGAUGGAUGGAUUUUCAAAUAACUUGGCAUGAAUGUGUACCACAGUAAGACGACGUGUCGCGCCCAAGACCCAGGUCCGUACCUCAAAGGUCAAGGUCACACUUAGACAUUAAAGGAUAGUGCAUUGAUGGGCGUGUCCGGUCCAUAUCUUUGUCAUCGAUGGAUGGAUUUUCAAAUAACUUGGCAUGAAUGUGUACCACAGUAAGACGACGUGUCGCGCGCAAGACCCAGGUCCGUAGCUCAAAGGUCAAGGUCACACUUAGACAUUAAAGGAUAGUGCAUUGAUGGGCGUGUCCGGUCCAUAUCUUUGUCAACCAUGGAUGGAUUUUCCAAUAACUUGGCAUGAAUGUGUACCACAGUAAGACGACGUGUCGCGCGCAAGACCCAGGUCCGUAGCUCAAAGGUCAAGGUCACACUUAGACGCUAAAGGUCAUUUUUCAUGAUAGUGCAUUGAUGGGCAUGUCCGGUCCAUAUCUUUGUCAUUCAUGCAUGGAUUUUAAAAUAACUACGCAUGAAUGUGUGGCACAGUAAGACGACGUGUCGCGCGCAAGACCCAGCUCCGUAGGUCAAAGGUCCUAAACUCUAACAUCGGCCAUAACUACUCAUUCAAAGUGCCAUCGGGGGCAUAUGUCAUCCUAUGGAGACAGCUCUUGUUUAUUCUUAUUUUUGCGAUUUCACAUGAUGGUAUUGUAAAAUAACGACCAGGUUGAAGGAUGCAUAAGUUAUGUAAAACUUUGUUUUCUAACAUGUUUUUAACCUUUAGCCUGCUGGCAGCAAGUGAUUCUACCUUUGUGACCGUCACAGACCAGUCUUGGUCUGCACUGUUCGCUAUUCAGUCAGUAAAUUUUACCAUCAACACCCAUUCCAGUAAUAAAUGGAAUUGCCCAAAUUAAAUGAUGGACCAUUCCAUUUUAGACAUUUAGCAGGCUAAUGGUUAAUAAUUUAUUACAAAUAUACUUAGAUCUUAUUUUUAUUGAAAAUAAUGGCUGGUUAAUUGUUUCGAUCUUUAACAGUACAUGAUUAUAACUAGGUUUAUGGUUAGUGGGACUAUCUGACAGACAGCUGUGCUGGUGUGUUAUACAGUUUUCACAGCAAUCACCCAGUAUAUCUGUCAUGGGUGAUUUACCCAUUUAUAGGUUUAUAUUCAGUAUUUUUCCUUGCAUGUUAAGAUAUAAAAGACUAUACAAGUAUUAUUAAUUAUAUUAUUGUUUUAUUGUUAUAUAAUUAAGUUGCGUUUAUGUAAACUGUGAUAUAAUGCAAAUGUAUUCACCUGCUCUUUAUUAUAUAUACCUGUAAAUUUCUGUAAAAGCUAUGGCUUGUAUUACGCCUGUAAAUAUGAACGGACAAAAAGCAAAAUUGCUCCAGGUGGAAGUCAGACUCUGUAUUUUGCCUGUGUCUAGACUGCUUUCAUUAAUUUUCAUGACCAGGCAAAAAGUCUUGUUUCAUAGCAGGUUAUGGCCAGCUUUUGUAUUUAGCUAAUUUAAAUUUUGUAGAAAGAACAACAAUGAGUUGAGGUAUAUAAUAACAGGGUCAAAAUGACUAUCCUAAUCUGGGAUGUAUUUGGAUCUUGUACAUUCCUGGUAAAUUUUACCUGCUGUAAAUACAUAGAUAGAUAAAGCUACUGUUGUAAUAACCCCCUUUUACCGCUCCUGUUAGCUGGAUAUUUUUAAUGAUGUUUGCAUUUUACACAAACACUUGUAUACCAAAUUUAGCCACUAUAAGAUGAUCCUUCUGUCAAAUGGUUUCCUUUUAUUCUUUCAAAAUUGGCAGUUUUUUUGCAGACUCUUUGAUAAAUAUUAUAGGUCAGUGACAUUGACUCACUCAUUAGACGGGGCAACACAUUAGAUCUGAUUUUUAAGGAAAAAACAUUGUCUUAUAGGUGAGUAAAUAUAACAGUGAACAAUUUUAUUUAAGCUGUAAAAUUCAUGACACAGGACUUUUUGCUUGUUACUAUGCACGACUGUUUUAAAUUUUGGCUGUCACAUUGUAGUAAAAAUAAAGACUCUAGCAAAAAUUAUCUGUUCUAGAUUUUAAAAGUUAAUAUUUUUUUCAUUUCUUCAGAUGUCUGAAUUUUAGCUAUCUAGAGACUUUUAUUGGUACAAAUAAAUGUAAUUAAUCAUUCUGUUUCCAGUCGUUUAUAUAAAGUAAGAAAUAAUUUAGUAAUAGGUUCUAGUGUAUUUGAUAAUGAUAAUUAUGGGCUACAAGUGAUGACAUUUUAGAAACAUGAUGUAUAGAAAUAUUUGAAAUGAAAAGGUCUUACCUCGAAUGGCUGUACACAAGAGGGAAAAAUACGCUUCCUUUAAUUGUUUGUUUUGGGAAAAUACAUUUCUUUAAUUGUUUUUAAUGGGAAAACAUUUACUUUAAUUGUUUGUUAUAGGAAAAUACAUUUCUUUAAUUGUUUUUAAUGGGAAAACAUUUACUUUAAUUGUUUGUUAUGGGAAAAUACACUUACUUUAAAUUAAUUGUUUGUUAUGUAAAAAUACAUUUCUUUAACUGUUUGUUAUGGGGAAAAUACAUUUCUUUAAUUGCUUGUAGUAGAAGAUACAUUUCUUUCAUUUUUUGGAAUGGAUAAAAUACACUCACUUUAAUUGUUUAUGGGGAAAAUACAUUUCUUUAAUUGUUAGUAACAGGAAUUACAUUUUUCUUUAUUGUUUGUGUUCUUUAAUUGCUUGUAAUAGAAAGAUAAACAUCUUUAAUUGUUUGUAAUGGGAAAAUUAACUCAAUCUGGAUUAUAUAUAUCCAGUAUAUUUAUGAAAAAAUAAAGCAAUCACAGAUAUAAGCCAGUCCAUAUAUCUUGUAAAUUUUAUAUAUGUCUGAAGUGCUAGACACUGUAAUAUGCUCCACAUUCUGUUUUAUUGUUGUUUGAAGAUGAUUGCAUUGAUAAGCUUUCUUUUUAUAAUAUAACUUUAGCGAUAUAUAUACUAUUAGCAUUUAUAAAUAAUAUCAGUUAAAAUCCAGAUGUAAAUACUUAAGGUAUAAUAGACCCAAAACUCAUAUUUGAAAAUAUGAACAAUGUCUAGAUAUAACGGUAAGUUGCAUAUUUUGUGAAGUUAGAUACAUUUGAUGAGGAUUAUCUGCAUUUGAAGUAAAUACCUACAGGUGAAAUAUUUAAGUGAUAGAUGGCCAUUGGAUUUCUUGAUUUUAGAAAAUAUUUACAUUUGUUAGUAAAUGGAGCUGGAAGUUUUUUGAACAAAUGACUGUAAGUUAUGCAUGAUAUUUAAUUGUGAAUGUAGACUAAGCUGUAUAAACACAGUAAGUUUAUACAUUUAGACAAGAUAUGAGCAUUUUUUACAUUUUAAGUUAUUGUAUAGAAAUAAACUAUUUCAAUGAAAGAGCCAGCUUGACUUGAGGAAGGUUCUGUUCCAGUACCUCUGAUUUUGAUGAAAUAAUGCCAUAAGGGACACCUGUGAUCUUCAUCCACCAUCAAAAGCUGGAGAAUCACCAUAAUUAUUAUGACAUAUAAUUGUUUCGGUUUUGAGGGUGAACCCAACAAAAAAUAUUACAGACAAGAUCCGCGUUAAUAUAUCUUUCAGGAAAUAAGACAUAGUAACACAUUAUUCGUGAAAUAAAACAUAGCGACUCAUUAUUUGUGAAAUAAAAAUUGUGAUACAUUAAUAGAUUUUUCCUUUGAAAUCAUGUUAGUAAUUUUAAAUAAAAAUUGAGGCUGGUACAGAUGAGUUUUAAAUUAAGUUGUUCAUGUGUUUUAAACAAAAUAUAAAUGAUGACUAUGAUUGUAUUUUAACUCUGUAUUCUAGAAUUGUUACAAUUAUUAUUUGAUUAACCAUGCACUUACCUAUAAGUUAUAAUUUACCAAAAUUGCAGAAACUCGUCUUCAGCUGCAAAGACAAUCUGUAAUAUGGUAUGUGUGUGUGAAUAUGUUUUUGUGAUAUUAUCUACAUUGUAGGUAGUAUUAAUAACAACCAGGGGUUUAAUUGAAGAUAAUAUCAUGUCUAAUAUUUUAAUGGUCUGUGGUAUUACGCACCAAAAUGACCUUGACCAUGAAAAUUUUACUCUUGUUUUGAGAACAUUACAGAACAAGUUAAACUUUACUAGAUCUGUUGUUGCAUACUGUAGGGUUCAAUACAUAAACUGUACAGAGUACUGCACAUAAAGUAUAGGGCUUUAUACAUACUGUAGGGAUCAAUACAUAAACUAUAGGCUUCUAUACAUAUUACAUAGGGUUCUGCACAUAAACUACAAGGCUUUAUACAUAAGCUGUAGUGUUCUAUACACAAUUGCUAGGGCUAUACACAUAAAAUAUAGGGCUUUACACAACUAAUGCUUUGUACAUAAAGUAAAGGACAAUAGUUCUUUUUUCAUAGUAUUUUUGUAUAAAUGGACGAAGAAAUCUGACAUGAUAGGGCUGUGGAAUGAAUAUCUAGAAAAACUAAUUUCAGGUUGCCUUUUAAAGUAUUUCAGAAUUAAUGUUCUUUGUGAAAUCCUCGUCAUAUUGAUUUCAUUGUGUUUUUCAAAAAGGGUUUUCAGUGCUGUAAUCUCAGUGUUAUUUAAGUGUGUUCCUUUGCUUUCAUUUGCAAUUUUCUCUCAGUGGAUUUUGGUAGUCAUGAUCUCAUGUUUUUUCAAAGGGUUUUCAUCAUUUUGAUCGUAUGAUGUUUUAGGGAAUUUUUGACAUUUUGCUUAUACCCCACGGUACAAUGUAUAUGAAUACAUUGGGAACUGUAUUGGAGUCAUGCAUGUCUGUCCAAUGGUCCUUUGUAUCGGUGCUGAACUUUGCAUCCCUACCAUAUCUUCUAAAUUCAUUAAUCCAAUACCAAAUGGUAACCUCAUCAGGAUGAUAUUUAAAGUGCACAAUGCAGUCUGUUAAGUCCAUGGUCAUGGUGAAACCAAAGUCAAAGAUCAAAUAGCCUACUUCACGCAUGUCAGUGAAGAUUUUCAUAAAAUUAGCAUCAAAUAUUUACUUCAUCAUGAUGACUUGCACUGUGCACCACCCACGUCAUUAGGUCAAAGGUCAAGUUUGUUCUUUGAGGACAAAUGUCAAAUUACUUAGCCUGAUGGGCAUGUCAUAUCUUCUAAAUCGCAUUGAAGAUUUUCAGAAAACUAGUGUCAGAUAUCUAUCUCAUCAAGAUCACUUUCAGAGAGCACAAGACAUGUCAUAUAGUACAAGGUCAAGAUCACAUUUGUAGGUCAAAAAUCAGAUAGAUUUUCCUGGUAUUUUCUCCUUAUCUUUAAAACUGCUUAGAUUUUAAUAAAACUGGCAUUAGUUGUUAUCAUUCAGCCCACAGGACUCAGAGCACAAAGUCAGAGGUCAGUUUCACACUUAGAGGUCACAGCAUUUUACUUUCCCUGUCAAAGCAGUGUCAGGGGGUAUUAUAUUAUUAUAUCGCCUUCAGUGAUAGCUCUAGUUUCACAGUGUUUUAAAUGGAUGUUUUAUGUCUUUAAUUGUUCUUUUUUGGUGAUCUGUUUUCAUAAGGUUUUUAGUACAAAUGUUGCUGACUGUCAAACAAGAGUCUCAUUAUUUUGACUGUGUUCUAUACUUCCAAAGGAUUUUAAAGGUUUUAUUAGUCUCAUAAUUGGUAAUGUUUAUAUCAUUUUUGCUGCAUUCCAGUUUCAGCAUUAAAUCGUUAUAACAUCCAUUCCAUCUUGACAGAACUUUUGAUAAGUUUGCCAAAAAAUCUUUUGAAACUGUGAUGCUUUUAUCUUUAUUAUAUCAGUAUACCAGUUAUUCUAUUUGUUGUGGCUAGAUAUGAAAAUGUAUGAGCUUAUUUUCCUUGUCAUUAAUGGUUAAUUUGUUCAUAAUGUUUGAUGAUAUUUGAGCUCCACCAUGAGAAAACCAACAUAGUGCAUUUGCGACCAGCAUGGAUCCAGACCAGCCUGUGCAUCCGCGCAGUCUGGUCAGGAUCCAUGCUGUUCACUUUCAAAGCCUAACAGCGAACAGCAUGGAUCCUGACCAGACUGUGCAGAUGCGCAGGCUGGUCUGAAUCCAUGCUGGUCGCAAACUCAUUAUGUUGGUUUUCUCAUGGUAUGGCUCAUUUUUAUCUGUUUUCAUAUCUUAAAUGUCAUGAACCCAUGCUCAAUGAUAUGUGCAAUUUGCUUUCUCAACAGACAACUUCGUAUACUACAACUGAGCGAAACAUUUCAAAGCACUUAUUGAAUGAUUGUGUUUCCAUUUGUACUCCUUUCUCGUCUUACUUGAUUUCUUUGUCACUGCCACUUGUGCUACCAAUUCUUUGCAAUUUUCUCUUUUCCCUGUCAUUUCCCUCGUAAGUCAUACGUUGUAUGUACCCCAGUAUAACAUUUUCAGUUCUAUCCAAGUGGAGGUGAGAAUCGAACCUUUGACAUGCUAAGUGAACAAUGUGGUGGCAUGUGCAUAAGAAUGUGGAAUUACCGGUAAUUUGUCCGUAGGAGCACUUUCAGGUCUAACCACAGCUUCUUCCGUGAUCACCCCCUCAGUCACCACCAGUUCUUGCCAUAACCAAUUCUGUUGUAACUUCUUCUACUUUUUCCAUGUCUUUAUCUUGCAGCAACAAUUCAAUAUUUUCAGUCAAUACCUUUACCUCAACUUCCUUACAUACAGCUUCCAAAGCCAGAUCUGCUGUAUCCAUAACCUCUAUGGAACUUUCCACUUGAUGUUCAGGAGGUCUUGUUGUCUCCUGCAUCCAUUCAUCAUUGAUCUUAUUCCUUCUUUUCUUCUUCAUCCUUCUUCCCAUCAUCUUCAUUUAGAUCUUUCAAAAAUAUCCUCCUUUGAUUUUCAGACAAAUAGCCCUCCACGGCACAGACAAUUCUCCAGUAUAUCAAUGGUUAAUAAAACGUGGGUAGUGUCAAGCAUCUAAAAGCACUCUGAUUCAUAACAGUAACAUACAUAACUCACAUUAGAAUAAUGCACUGCAAGAGGCGGAGCUAAGAUUCCUGCCUUACGACACAACCGUUUGAGACAUAGUUAUUGUUUCUCAUUGCAAUUAUAGAAUUAUCAGUACAGUUGAAUCUAUCUGCUCUGAUAUAAAAUAAGUUUGGAUUAGACGAGUUUAAUCAUGUUGUUUAGACACAAGAACAUACCUGUAUUUUAAAGCUGCCUUUUACAUGUAUUAUUAUGUCAACUAGACUGAUUAAAUUAUAUUUAUAAAUAAAUCAUUAUUGAACAUUCAUAUUUUUUUUGUUUUGUAAAAUUUGCUAUAUUCCUUGUUCAUUUGAAAACUACUGUAUUCUUCCAUUAUUUUCUAGCUUCCACACCAAUCUUGAUGUCAACACCGCCUCGGUAGCCUAAUGGUAGAGCGUCCGCUUCGAGUGCGGGAGGUCGUGGGUUUGAUCCCCGGCCGUGUCAUACCAAAGACGUAAAAAAUGGUACUAGCAGCUUCCUCGCUUGGCGCUCAGCAUUAAGGGGAUAGUGCUAGGACUGGUCAGCCCGGUGUCAGUAUAAUGUGACUGGGUGGGGUAUCAUGCCACGUGUCUACGGCAUGAUAUUCCAGUGAGGCAGCACUAUAAAGUUGGGCAUUGUGCUCACUGCUACAAGUAGACACCGUCGUUUAUAUGACUGAAAAAUUGUUGAAAAAGACGUUAAACCCGAACACACACACACCAAUCUUGAUGUAAUGUCUCCACAUCCACUUUUUAAAUCGAAUUUGAUAUAAAUGUAAUCCAUAAUUUAUAAUCAUAUAUAAGAAAGCCAGUAAUUAUAAAUAAUAUUUUUAAAAGAAAUUUUAUGAUGAAUUGUAAUGCCCCAUGCAUUAAGUUGUAAUGUCCCAUGCAUUAUGUGUUUUAUUGUAAAUAUGCAAGUGCUUGAAAUGUUACUUUGGCUUGUAUUUUUCUGACAGUCCUUCAUGAAUUUGAUUCUUUCCCGAUUAGAACACAAAUUCAUCUUGCCUUUGACUGAAUCAAAGUCAUAGGGUGAGUAUAUGUCUAGCUGCAUAAUAAACAUACCAUAGAACAGAACAAAACUUUAUUAAUAAUGAUGUAUAAUGUAACUUGAAAAUGCAGUUUCUCGUCAUCUUAGCUAUAUACAGCAUGCAGAAAAAUAUAUAGAUAAAUCUCUUCUAUAAAAUUUCACAGAUGUUUCUCAUGUGAAAAUUUAUAAGGGAUUUCAUUUAAAGCAUGCUCUGUUCUGCAAUGUAAAAUUUAUAGCCUGUCACUGUCCAGUUCUUACUAUUGUUCUGAUAUUGGUCAAGCAAAGUAUAAGUCUGGGCAAAAUAUUUUUUAGCCACUUCCUUUUUUUAGCUCGACUAUUCAUAGAAUAGUAGAGCUAUUGGACUCACCCAUGCGUUGGCGUCCGCAUUGGUGUCCGCGUCCCGAUUUGGUUAAGUUUUUGUAUGUAAGCUGGUAUCUCAGCAACCACUUGUGGGAAUGGAUUGAAACUUCACACACUUAUUCACUGUGAUAAACUGACCUACAUUGCACAGGUUCCAUAACUCUGUUUUGCUUUUUUACAAAAUUAUGCCCCUUUUUUGACUUAGAAAUUUUUAGCUCGACUAUUCAAAGAAUAGUCUAGCUAUUCUACUCACCCUGGCGUCGGCGUCACACCUUGGUUAAGUUUUUGCAUGCAAGUACAUACAGCCAUCAAUUAAAGGCAUAUAGCUUUGAAACUUAUUUGAUCUUUUUCUAGGUCAAUUACCAACCUCUCUGGGUCAAGUCCCAGAACUCUGACAUGUAUUUUGAGCAAAUUAUGCCCCCUUUUGGACUUAGAAAAUUUUGGUUAAAGUUUUACAUGCAAGUUACUAUCUCCAAAACUAAUGCAGAUAUUGAUUUGAAACUUCACAUGUGUCUUCGGGGUUAUAAAACUAGUUGAUAGCAGCAAGUCUCAUAACUCUGACCUUCAUUUUGGCCAAAUUAUGCCCCCUUUUGGACUUAGAAAAUUCUGGUUAAAGUUUUGCGUGCAAGUACAUACAGCUAUUUCUAAAAGGCAUAUAGAUUUUAAACUUAUUUUUUCUUUUUCUAGAUCAAUUACCAACCUCACUGGGUCAAGUCCCAUAACUCUGACAUGUAUUUUGGGAAAAUUAUGCCCCCUUUUAGACUUAGAAAAUUCUGAUUAAAGUUUUACAUGCAAGUUACUAUCUCCAAAACUAAUGCAGAUAUUAAUUUGAAACUUCACAUGUGUCUUUGUGGUUAUAAAACUAGUUGAUACCAGCAAGUCCCAUAACUCUGACCUUCAUUUUGGCCAAAUUUUGCCCCCUUUUGGACUUUGCAAAUUCUGGUUAAAGUUUUGCGUGCAAGUACAUACAGCUAUUACUAAAAGGCAUAUAGAUUUGAAACUUAUUUUUUUCUUUUUCUAGAUCAAUUACUAACCUCACUGGAUCAAGUCCCAUAACUCUUACAUGUAUUUUGAGCAAAUUAUUCCCCUUUUUGGACUUAGAAAAUUCUGGUUAAAGUUUUGCGUGCAAGUACAUAUAGCAAUUACUAAAAGGCAUAUAGAUUUGAAACUUUUUUUUUCUUUUUCUAGAUCAAUUACCAACCUCACUGGGUCAAGUCCCAUAACUCUGGCAUGUAUUUUGGGCAAAUUAUGCCCCCUUUUGGACUUUGAAAAUUCUGGUUAAAGUUUUACAUGCGAGUUUCUAUCUCCAAAACUAAUGCAGAUAUUGAAUUAAAACUUCACAUGUGCCUUCGGGGUAAUAAAACUAGUUGAUAGCAGCAAGUCCCAUAACUGAUAUGCAUUUUGGUCAAAUUAUGCCCCCUUUUGAACUUUAAACUCUUUUAAUAUUUAACCUUUUUGGGUAAUAUUUUCCUGCUUCUGGGACAAUAUUUCGAAUAGUCGAGCUUGGCUGUCUUACGGACAGCUCUUGUUGGUUAAGGUUUUGUAUGUAAGCUGGUAUCUCAGCAACCACUUGUGGGAAUGGAUUGAAACUUCACACACUUAUUUACUGUGAUAAACUGACUUACAUUGCACAGGUUCCGUAACUCUAUUUUGCUUUUUUACAAAAUUAUGCCCCUUUUUCGACUUAGAAUUUUUUGGUUAAGGUUUUGUAUGUAAGUUGGUAUCUCAGUACUCACUAAUUGGAAUGGAUUGAACCUUCACACACUUGUUCACUGUCAUGAUCUGACAUGCACAAAGCAGGUCCAAUAACUUUAUUUUGCUUUUUUUCAAAAUUAUGCCCCUUUUUCAACAUAGAAAUUUUUGGUUAAGUUUUUGUAUGUAAGCUGGUAUCUCAGUAUCCACUAAUAGGAAAGGAUUGAAAUUGCACACACUUGUUCACUGUCAUGAUAUGACAUGCAGUGCAAAGGGUCAAUAACUCAACUUCGCAUUUUACAAAAUUAUGCCCCUUUUUGGAGUUUUUGGUUAAAUUCUUAUUAUGUAAGCUGGUAUCUUAGUACCCACUAAUGGGAAUGGAUUGAAACUUUACACACUUGUCCACUGUCAUAAGCUGAUAAGCACUAUGCGGGUUCCAUAACCCUAUUUUGCUUUUUUACUAAAUUAUGUCCCUUUUUCGACAUUCGUAUUCAUUCAAUCGACAAGGCUGUUGAAUAGUCGAGCGUUGCUGUCCUCCAACAGCUCUUGUUUUAGUAAGAGUAAGUACGGUAGAAAAAGGUGACUUUAAAUUUUCAUUUUACAACUACAUUUGUGAUUAAUGCCCGAUGUGCGUACCACCAUUGUUACGAUAUAAGUACAUGUAUAAUGUGAUGAUACAUGUAUCUUAUUUGUCUAGUUGUAUCGAUAUCUAGAUUUUUACUUGUUUAAAUUUGAACAUAUUAUUAAAUAAUUCCCUUCAUUGUUGUUUGUGAACCUUGUUUUAUGUUAGAAUAGCAGGAGACGAAGUAACAUGAUUACAUGGAAUCAAAUGAAAUGGAUUAAAAAAGUAUGAAAAUAAAUAUAAAUAUAUACAUUA